AAGUUAUGUUGCAAACAAGUGGUGAAAAUUUAUUAAAUUUAAUAGCUGCAGCUGAUGAACUUGAGCUUCUUAAUCUUGCGGAAUGUAAAUUAUACGAUCAUGUUCUGGAUAUUACUUGUAGAAAUCCUUAUUCACUUUUGGAUUCUAAUGACUUUCCAUUAUUAAAUAUUGUUGCUAUGAUAUGUCUUUUAAAAAGAGAUGAUCUUGGACUUGAAGAAAUAGAAAUUUGGAAUUAUUUGAUUAAAUGGGGGAUUGCUAAUUCUAAAAAACUUCUUGAUAAAAAUAUCACAAAAUGGUCUGAUGAAGAUAUUUCAAGCUGGUCUGACGAUCAAUUCAUGGCAUUAAAAGAAACAAUUUCUCAAUGUAUCCCAUUGAUUCGUUAUUAUCAUAUUCCUAAAAGUUAUAUUGAUGAACAAAUUAAGCAAUAUCGUUUAGAUCCUAAUGCAUUUAUAAUUGUAAGACAAAAUGACAAGGCCAUUUGGAGUGAUAAAUAUCAUGGAUCCUGUUUUGGAAAUUUCGAUUUAUGCAUGCAAUCAUAUCAUUGGACCAGUAAACGUACUGAUUAUUAUUGUAAAAUAACUAAUUUAUGCCAGUUUACUGUUAAAGAAUAUGAAGUUUUAGCAUUUGAGGAUUUUAAUUCUAGAGAAAGUGUAGCUUUAAAAAGAAUUCAGGAGUUAGCAUCUUAUUGUUAA